CGAGCACAAGGAAAAAAAUCAAACGAUCUGAAACUUUCUCUGCGUUGCGUUGAGUCAUCCUUUUUUUCUGCUAGUGUAAAAUACAAUUUUUACGAAAAGAAACGCAUUUUCCUCGCAAAAUUAAGUGUUUUUAGUUUCCCGAAAUGAAAACGUUUAGCAAACGUCGACAGAAAAUGGCUUCAUCGCUGAAUAGAAUUUUCUCCAAAAAACUGCGUAAUUCCACCGAGUACGAGUGUGAUGCCGAGUGCGAGGAAGAAUUUGUGGGCUUCAGCAGCGGAAGCGAAACGGAAUCGAUUUCGGAACGAGAAAGUGGUGAGGAUGAUGAGAUUUCUGUGGUCGGAAGGCGGCGACGUGGUGGCGUAGCGCCACCUGCAAAAGACGGUGAAAAAAUGCAGCGAAAUCCGACCAGGCGGCCGAACCCCAAGAUAUCGAAUCGGAAUGCAUUGUUGGCACGGGAGAACCGCCGCAGGAAGAAGGAGCAUGUCGAAAGUUUGGAAAAGGAAGUUGAUGAACUGAAGGAAUCAAAUGCAAAGAUUCGGAAGGCUUUAAAAAAGAAAUCCAAGUUGGUGGAUCAGUUGACCAGGGAAAGGAACUAUUUGAAGAGUGUGAUUGCCAACAAAACUGGAAUAAUGGCUGUUCUAAAAUCAGUGCAGAGGACGGGAUUGUCGAUGACCUCUUCCGGAUUGAGUUAUGUGACGCAGCACAACGACGUAAAACCACAGAGGAUGCGAGGUAGCAGUGACGAAGGAAUAGGAUCGUCGCCCCACUCGAUGAUGACAGACGAAGAGGACAAGUUCAACCCACACGAUCUAGGUAUGGCAAUGUCGUCGGACCAAGAAGUGUUACCGUUCGAGGAUGAGUUCAGUCGAUUGCCCGACGUGGAAGAGUUGCUGUCGACGAUGGCCAGUGGGGAGCAAACCAGUUGUAGCAGCAGAGAACAAGUAAUUACCACAGAGCAUAACUAUUUCGAACCCAGUAAUCACAGCUCGUUGGAAUCAGGUCCCGCAGCGGGAGUUUGCGUUCACAUCGUUCCGGGCGGACGCGUCUCAGUGGAGUUUUGCGCUUCCUGUGCGCUAAGCUCCCAGCGGGCGUGGCUCGAGGAAGCAGAGGAACGAUGAACAGCAGGUUAAAGUAGAAUGUCGGUAUCAUUUAAUAUUUCUAUGCAUUAGUAUUAUAAGACACAAUCUCGUACACGUUGUUAUAAGAAUGUGCUAUCUAGGGUCCAGGACAGGUCUGACUAGUUUACGUUCAUGUUUCCUACAGAUCCGUUAGAACCUUCAAUUGAAUUACUUACCCUCCUGUAGAUAACACAUUUGCAUCUCAAUAGAUUUGCCCAAUAAGAGAAUACCCACACAAAAGAGAUCAAACAAGUUGGAGUAAUGACGAAUAGAAUAAAAGCAUAAGACCACCCCUAUUUGAGACAUGAAAAAUCACGUUAUUAGUUAAUGUGUGUGUUGCAAUUUCAGCUGGCGAGCACAGAGAGCAGUGAGAGGAGAUUUACGACGUCAGCGUAACAACUGCAUUUUGGCGCGCUUCAAACAAAAGGUGGGAGAUGAUCGCAACCCAAAGAAGAAGGCCAUCGUAUUUAAUCAUUUCUUAAUCACACUUACAGCAGCCAAAUCAUCAGAGGAUCUUCCAUAUUUCGGAGCCCCACAGUUCAGGCAGCUUGUCUCUUGCCCUUUCUUGUUAUGGUCCCCUCUUAAAGAAUGUAUCGAACCAAUUUUUUCGUGGUCGCCGUUGUCCGACAACGAAGAGGUCGAGCCUAAACACGACGGAGUGGUGGAAUGAGAACGUCCUAACUUGAAAACUCGAAACAAAAAAAGACACUCAUUCCAUCCGGGGAUCGUCGGGUUUGGUUCGUCCUCCGAUUUGCUUCCUCAUUUGAAACACGUUGCUCUCAUGCCGCUUUCUCUGUGAUUUGAAACCUGUUCUUUCAGACUAGUGGAGCGAGCGCUUUUUUUCGGUGGACGAUGGUGGUGAAAAGGGCCCAAGACGGGGACCCGGAAGUAAUUUGGCUCUCGUCGCUAAGCUCCCUUCGCAUUAACCGGUAGGUAUUCUAUUGCCAUUGACUCCAACUUGUUCCAAAUUGUAUUUGUUGAAUAAUUUGUUUCGUACCGUUUAUGUUAAACAAUCACCAAACACAACCGAUUGAAUGAAAAUGUACCUAAAUCUCAUCAUCAAUAGGACGAGAGAUAAAACGCAAAGUCAUAAUGUUAUGUUUCCUUAUUGUAAGAGUAAGAAGUCGCCAGUAGAUGUGUCUGCACUUUAGAGGUAAGAUAAGCAGUAUAUAUAUUUUUAAAGUAAUAUAAAUUUAACAACAUUUCUGGGCUUAUAUUACGGAAAAAUAAAAAUUUAAAUGAGUACUACUUUAAA